UUGCAAACAAACAGAUUCAAAGUAAGGAUCAUGCUCUUUUUAUUAUUAUUAUUUUUCUAACGAUUUUUAUAUAGUUGGAAUUAUGAUCAGAUUGGGUUUAUAUUAAUAUUGAUUCUAUUAUUUUUUAUUGAUCACCAUCACUACUACAUUUUUGAUCAAAUGUCACGGCCUAAUAAAGGCUAUUGCAACGGUAUUUUAAUUGCCGUUGCAAUAGAGUAGGCUAAUGCGUUUUAAUGUGUGAGAAGUAGAGCUAUUACCACGACUUUAAUGAACCGUUGCAUCAGCCUAGAUAUUUCAACAAAAAGGAAAGCUAUUGCAACGGUUUGUGAUUAUAGUAAUGGAAAUAGUAUGUAUAGCAGGCGCGCUGAAAAUUUCAUCUUCCCUCUACUUUUUUGCCCAAAUAUUUUGAACCCUUAUUUUCUCUCUACUGUACUCUCCGUAUACUUUCCCCAUUUUUCUGAUUUCUCCAUUUUUCUCUUCGAAUUCUCCAUUUCCCCCAUUUUUCCAUUUCCCCCAAUUCUAUUAAGCUAUUUUAAUUAGCAAUUCCAAAAACUUUAAAUUCUCAAUUUUCACCAAAUCUCCGAUUUUAAGGCCAUAAAAUACUCAAAAAUUACUUACAAUUUCUUGAAAAUUCUGAGAGGAAAACUUAGUGAAGUAGAGGAAGGCGGAACUCAAGAGGUGGUGUAAUUCAAGUGACGUUUGGUUGCUUAAGAGGCGGCGUAAUUCAAGUGGAGAAGUUCCAUUUUCGUUUUGCAUGUCCCUGUUGCUGAUAUCUCGACUUUGAGUUCAAGUGCAAGGCAGAAACGUAUACCAGAAAAUGAAGAUGAUGACUCUACGUCGGAAUACGAUGGUGAAAAUGAGGUUGAAACUGAUGACAUUAUGGAAGGUGACAAUGUCACUUCUGGAAAAAGAAAAGCUAGUAAGCAGGUUUCAAAGCAAGUAAAGAAGUCAUCAUUUCGCCCUAAAACUAUGGCUGAUGUUGUGGAAGUGAAUAGCCAUAAGAAGCAUGCAGUUGAUGAAGUUCAGAACACUUACUCAAUUGAGGUUGCUAGUGUUAAAGAUUAACGCAUCCAAAAGAAGCAGCAAGUUAUCUCAGAAAAGAAGGGAACAAAACGAGCGUUCUGUUCUCCUGGUUCUAUGUCAGCGUACCUUGAGUUCCGGAAAUGGCAAAAAGAAAAUAAUGAUGGGUUUGUAUCAGGUACUCAAUCUUUGAAUAAUUCUUUGACAAGAAAAGAAAUGAAUAAUGGCGCUGCAUUUAAUGAGAAUACCAAUGGUGAUGCUGAUGUACUAAGUGAGAAUGAGGAAGUGGAUGCACUAAAUUAGAAUGAUGAUGGUGUUGGUAAUGAAUAUGAGGGUGAUAAAGGAUUACAAGAUGAAGUUCAAUUUCAGUUUGGAAGCGAAGGAAUGCAAGAACCUCCUGAUUUAGAACCUGAAAAAGCUCCUAAAAGCAAAAGGCAUCGAGGUCCAACAAUGCUACCCAAGGUACAUGCACGAACAAGAGAAGAGCGUGAAGUUAUUGUUUUAAACUCACUGGGCCAACCAAUUGGACCUACACGUGAAAUUGUUCAGGAGUUCAAGCAAUUCUUGGGUACUGUGGCAAGGGAUUCUGAACUUGCACCACUAAAUUACAUUAAGUUUCCAUGUCUACCCACAGUUGACAAAAUGUGGGAGUAUGUCCAAGAAAAGUAUAUGGUUCCUGAAGCUGGAAGAGAAUGGGUGAUGCAAGCUAUCAAUGGAAGCUGGAAAGCUCAUAAAUGCUUGACUAAGAAGAACUACUUCUAUGCAUAUCCCACUGAUGCUUUAAGAUGGUUUCAUAAGCCAAACACAAUUUCAGAACCUCAAUUUAGAGAGCUUUUGCAAUAUUGGCAUUCUAAAGAGGCCGAGGAAAUCAGUAAGAUCAACAAAGACAAUCGCCUAAUUUUAGAUGACAUGCACACUAUGGGCCUUAACUCUUACGCAAUUUUACGCCAUGAGUUGAAACAACAAGAUCCCGAUAAGCAAGAUCCUUCUCAAGCAAGGGUCUAUAAGGAGUCAAGGAAGAGAACAGUGGGAAGGACAUACCUUACCAACCAAGAAAAAAUAGCAGAGAAUAUUGCUAAAAUGGAUGCUUUGGAGUCUUCCCAACAUGAAGAUGGUAGUAACUCUAAGGACCCUUACUCCGAAGUGAUUCCAGAACCUAAGCGUAAAAGCCGUGUACGCCUACAAGGAAAAGGAUGCUAACCCCGGGAUUAAUCUUGUCAUUCCUGAUUUUUCGAUUCCAUCGGCUCCAAAGGAUGCAUGUAGUGCGCCACAUCUUCUCGUUGACCAAAAUAGGCAAUCUUCUAAAUCUGGGGCUACAAUUAAUCAGGUGCAUGGUGAGCAAAAUGAAGAUGAAGUAUAGUGACUACAUGACUAGCUAGUCAUCUAACAAAUGGUGCAAAUAUUUUGGCGACUCCUAUCUAUUAGUUCAAGUUGUGAAGAUUUGAAAAAACCGGCUUAUAUAUAUGUUGGAAUUUGUAUUUUGGACGAUUAAAUUAAUUAUAUAACUUUAGUUUAUUAGUAGGGUGUCAUAUCGAAAACAAGUAAGUAAUAUUUUGUAAUGUACGUAUUUAG